CCCGAGACUUGUUGGGCAGGUAAGAGAGACAGGAGGGCCACCAGCCCGGGUCCUGGCUGGGCUGAGGCUGGGCCUUGCCCUCUUGUGCUUCUCUCCAGCCCCUGCCCAGAAGCAGAGGAAGGAGGAAGGGACCAGACAGAGACUGGGGUGGACGAGUCUUUGGCCCAGGACCAGGGUUAGAAGCCUCUCCUCCCCAUCAGACCAGGGUGCGGUGUCCUGCCUUUUUAUCUGACCAGGUAAAAAGCUGACCUUAAAUCUAUCACAGAGCUGUGAGCCUCUGCCUGGUCCCUUGCCCUGGGUUUUCGCUCGGUCUUUGCCAAACGUCCUGCUGAGGACCACUUGCUUUCCCGUCUGCCCCUCUGGUGGGCCUCCUUUCUGGACUUGGGUUGCACCCUCCAGAGACCCCGAGCUGCAGUCCCCAGAGGAGGGCAGGCACUCCCUCGAGCUGUUCCCACUGCCAAUGCCCCUGCCCAGUUCCUUUAAAAGUCUCCCGUCAAUGUGAAUGACAAGAGUGACAGCGAUUCACCGGUUAUCAACCACAGGAGGAAACCCUAGUGCCUGGUGUUAGAAAAGCUGGGGGGCAUGUAAGGCUUCUGGAAAACAGACCCCACACGGGCGUGCUCAGCUCCUCUGCCCUUCCCUGGGCUGUGGAGAGGUGUCCAGGGGCAGGGAGCAGGGCUUCUGGGCCACUCUCUUGACCACCUCGUGCUGUUGCUCCCGAGUGACCGUGGCCCUCACUGUCACCCCCGAUGCAGACUUCUGGCCACCGGGCCAGGCAGCUGGCCCUGGUGUCCUCUCUCUCAAGUCUCCUGAGUUGUCCCCACACCCUGGCUUCCCUGGAACUGUCCAGUGGGCACCCCAGCCCUACUGGUACCCGCUGGGCCACAGGCACCAUCCCAACAUGCUCCUGGGUGUCUAUGAGUCCGGCCAUCUCUCAGUCAAAGAGCAGGCACGGAGUGAUUGGGCAGCCGUGGGUCCACUUCUCCUGGGCCCCUCACUCCUGGGAUUCACUGGCCAGAUGGGGAGUUCCUCCCAGCGGGCCGGAGGGCUCUGGUGGCCCUGCAGCUGCUCCCUGAAGGUCCAGCCAUCUCCACUCCCCCGUCUUCUCUCUCGACAUCCCUGUGGCUCCGAGGCCGGUCCUGGAGGUCUGUUAGGGGGUCUGUUCCUUCAGGCCCUGUCCUGGGUCCUCCCCUCUGGGUUCUGACCAUGGCCCUGAAGGCUUCGCUCUCACAGGGUCCGUCCUGUGCUGGAAGCACACGACUCCUUCUGGCGGGGGCAGUCUCUCCCCAACCCCAGGCCUGCUCCAGGGGCCAACUGGCUGCCGAGGGCUGCACACCUUCCCCUUUCCUCUGCCCACACCUGGGAAGCCACCCUCAGCCUCCUGGGGUCCCAUGCCCACAGCAGGGUUCUGGGAACCACAUGGGAAGGGUGGGGGUCUCCUGGCCCCAUUCUCUGCAGGCUGGCAGCCCCAGCCUCGCCCCAGGAGCCUUCCUGUUCUGUGUGGGGUCUCAGGGUGCUCCAGCUUUGGCCCCCCACCCGGGGCCGACCAGCCUGGCUCCCUGGCUUCCCUCCGACUGUGGUUUUACUUCUCUCCUCCUCACGGUCACUUUGUGUGGACAGACACAAGGCUGCUCAGCUGAGCGUCUCGCCGACCUGCCGGGAGCCUAGACUCCUGCCCCAGUCGAGGUCCUGUGCUGUCCCUCUGUCCUGCCACCUGCUGUAGCCUAGGGCUGGCCUUCUGUGAAGCUUCAGAAAGCCCUCGCCUCCCACCUGGGUCUGCUUUGUCUUCUCAAGGGUGAGGCCGAAGAAGUGCCAAGGAAAUGACGUCCCUGACAGGUUCCCAAAUGGGCCACAGGUGCAAACGGGGCAGCAUCCAGGGCUCUGGGGCAGGCAGGGCAGUGGCCUGCAGGCAGAGGGGCCAUGAAGGGCAGCAGUAUGCGCUGGGAGGCCCCCUCUGGACCUCUGUUCCUCCAGAUGGACACCCCCCCGGCAGGCCUGACGGCCACUGUCUUUACAGCCAGCGUCGGGGCUGUGUGCAGAGGGGCCAGGACAGUCCCUGCAGCAGAGGACUCGCCCAGCAGAGACAGAGAUGGCCUCCCCGGCUCUGGCCACCAGGCCCCUCAGCCACCAUGGAGAUGGGAGCCAGCCACCAGCAGACGCCACACCGCACCCGCUUCAUCCACCGCCGCCGGGGGCAGCCUGCCCGGACCCACAUCUGCUCCAAGAGACCCAAGCGGCCCAGGAUCCGGCGGUGCCGGCCCCGGGCGCCGAGCUGGGCCCAUGAGAGACAGAUGGGGAGCAGUGGCAAGGAGGGCCUCCUGCCUCAGCUGAGCCAGCAGGACCAAGAUGCAGACCUCCUGGACCACACAGAUGCUACCAGGCCCCCAGGGGCCUCCCCAGAGGGGCCCCCACUGGAGGGGGACAAGCAGUCACCCAGCACCGGGCAGGGCCCCUUCUUCUACAUCGGAGGCACCAACGGGGCGUCCAUAAUCAGUGCCUACUGCAGGAGCAAAGGCUGGCAGCGCACGCAGGACAGCCGGCGCGAGGACUGCAAGCUCAAGUGGUGUGAGAUCAAGUGCCGGGACAGCUACUGCAGCUUCCGGGAAGGCCAGCAGCUGCUCUUCCAGCUCCCCAACAACAAGCUGCUCACGACCAAGAUCGGGCUGCUCACGGCCCUGCGGGAGCACGCACGCGCACUGAGCAAGGCCAACAAGGUGCCCCCGGGCGGCCAGGCCAAAUGUGGAAAGGACACAACAGUGACCCUCGAGGAGCCCACGUGGAUCAGUUCGGGGUGCCUCGGGCCACAAAGGGCUCUGAAAAUGGAAGAUUUUUUCCCAGAGACCUACCGUCUGGACGUCAAGGAUGAGAGACAGACCUUCGUCACCCUGUUUGAUGAAACCCAGAUAUGGAUCUGCAAGCCCACGGCCUCCAACCAGGGCAAGGGCAUCUUUCUGAUCAGGAGCCAGGAGGAGGUCAACGCCCUGCAGGCCAAGGCCCAGAGCAUGGAGGACGACUCCAUCUACCGCAAGAUGCCCUUUCGGGCACCUCAGGCGCGGGUGGUGCAGAGGUACAUCCAGAACCCGCUGCUGCUGGACGGGAAGAAGUUUGACGUGCGCUCCUACCUGCUCAUCGCCUGUGCCGUGCCCUACAUGGUGUUCUUUGGCCACGGCUACGCCCGCCUCACCCUCAGCCUCUACGACCCCCAUUCCAGCGACCUCAGCGGCCACUUGACCAACCAGUUCAUGCAGAAGAAAAGCCCCUUGUACGUGCUACUGAAGGAGGACACGGUGUGGAGCAUGGACCACCUCAACAGCUACAUCAACGACAAGUUCCGCAAGACCAAGGGGCUCCCCCGAGACUGGGUCUUCACCACCUUCACGAAGCGGAUGCAGCAGAUCAUGGCCCACUGCUUCCUGGCAGUCAAGUCAAAGCUGGAGUGUAAACUGGGGUACUUCGACCUCAUUGGCUGUGACUUCCUGAUUGAUGAGAACUUCAAGGUGCUGUCCUGAGUGGAUGAGGUUUGAUUGGCAGGUGCAAGGAGGCACGGUCCAUCUGUACACCUCGACCACACCACAGGCCCGUGGGUGCACUCUGCAGUCAGACCCACCCUGCCUGUUCCCAGCCCCAGGGUGCUGUAUCCAUCAGGCUCAGCUCCUACUGCAGCUGGGGCAAAUCCAUACCCCCUCCUCCGGGCAGCCCUGGACAGAGACCCAUGGUCAAACAAGGGAUGGAGGUUACAGGGGAAAAAGCCAUCUGCCCAGAGUUACUUGGCUUCCUGGGAACCAGGGCCCCAGCCUCCUGCUGGCUGAGUGGUCUGUAGGUGGGUGGGUGAGUGGGAG